GUCUCGCUCGCCAUCUCCGACCUGUGUGUGGCGAUUCUGGUGAUGCCGCUUGCCCUUCAGUACGAGCUUAACGGCGGCUCCUGGGUCCUCUCCAACGCCGUCUGUGAUCUGUGGGUCAGCUUCGACGUCACCUGCUGCACCUCCUCCAUACUUAAUCUCUGCACUAUUUCGAUUGACCGCUACCUGGCGAUCACCAAGCCGCUGACGUACGGCGUUCGGCGGACCACCCGGCGCAUUCUCUCCUUCAUCGCCGCCGUCUGGAUCGCCUCCUGUCUGAUCUCCAUUCCGCCGGUGCUGCUCAUCGGCAACGAGUACGGCUCCGCGGAGGCGCCCACCUGCGAGGUGUCGCAGAACAUGUGGUACCAGCUCUAUGGGACGCUGGGCGCCUUCUACAUUCCCCUGGCGCUGAUGAUCUUCAUGUACUACAAGAUCUACGUGGCGGCGAAGCGGGUCGUGGAGGCGGAGCUGCGCGACCAGCGGCCCUCCUGCUCCAGCGCCACCUCCCAAUGUGUCUCGCUGCUCAAGAGCUGUAGUCAUAGUGGUGGUGGUGGUGGUGGUGGUGGGUGUGGCAGUUCUUCAACUGCAGCUAUCGAGGCUGGUCCUCAGCAGCAGCAGCUGAUGAUGAACUCCACCACGAAUACCUCUGCCGCUGCAAUGAAUCACGCAGCAGUACCAAAGGACGCCGAAUCGGGAAGUGGUGGUGCUGGUGACAAUGAAACUAGUCAAUCAUGUCCUAAUCAUCACAACCACAACCACAACCACCACCACCACCCACUGAAGGCAAAGAAGUGCAAGUCCUCCUCCUCCGCCUCACGAAAGUCCUCCUCAUCAUCUUCUACUUCAAAGCAACAUCGGUCGAAAGACGGCAGCAGCAGUGAUAAGCGAGUGGAGCGAAUGCUCAACGUCAUUCGCCGCGACCGAAAGGAGUCGAAGAAGGUGGCCGCUUCUGCUGGCGAUGCCAAUGGCAGACAACGGCAAAAUGGCUCCUCCACCGUUUGCUCCUCCGCUUGUUGCUCAUGUCUAGGCGGCGGCGGCGGCGGCGCCUCCACCAAGUCCUCCACCAGCUCACUGCCGGUGACUGAGCAGCCGGUGACGGCCAACAACAGCCUAUCAGUUCCGGGCACCACCACCACCACCAAAAACUGCAAAGGCAAUGACAGCAACAACAACAGCAGCAGCUCGCACAGCAACAGCUUUCUGGGCGGGAAGGAGCCCAUUCUGACGCGUCACCACGGCGGCCAGGCAGCCCAUCAUCAUCAGCAGCAUUUAAAUCAUCACCUAAAUCACCAUCAUCAGCACCACUUUAACCCGCACAGCCGCUCCCAGUCGGUGCACAUUCAGCACCACCGAAUCUCGGGCGCGAAGAAGAGCCUCUCCAGUGAGCGCUCCUCGCUGGCCACCGUCAACUACAAGCGCCGGGCGUCGAAUGCUCUGCGAGAGCGGAAGGCCUCCUUUACCCUAG